AUGGUUGGCUCGCGUAAGGGACAGCUGUUGGAGGAGCAAGAAAAUUCGACUGUAAUACCAGCAUGGCAACGAGCGAGCAGUGUACCAGCCCAUAAAAGACCGCUUAUUGUUUCUACCAAGGGAUCUAGCAGUGCUGGUUCUGUAAGCGAUGAGGCUUUCCAACGAGCGUUUACUGAGGUUCCGAAGUGCAACGUAUUUUCGUCCAAGCAACUAAAGGAUCAGAUCAGCGAAGCAUGUGCAGUUCUUGAAAACGCAGAUUUAGAUUGGAGUCGCCGUAUGACUGCGCUAAAAACAUUGCGUGCAGUGAUUAUUGGAGGAGGCUUGGAUUACUCAGACUUCUCAGAAGAAACACGUGAAAUGCAGGCAGCUUUACUCACUUCUGUUAAAGAUUUGCGGUCACAAUUGUGUCGCGAAGCAUGCGUUACCAUUGCUUUCUACUGUGAAAGAUUGGGGAUUGGAAUGGUUAGCGUAAUAGAAGCACUGAUGCCAACACUUAUUUUAUUAAUGCAGAAUAGUGCCAAGGUAAUGGCAACAAGUGCCCAGCUUGCUUUGCAAUAUGUUGUUAAACAUAUAUGUAGUGCCAAAUUACUUCCACAUUUGCAAACUGCAAUGUCUUCAAAAUCAAAAGAGAUUAGAAGGAAUACGGCAUCAUUGUUUUUAAUGGCGUUAACUCUUUGGGAUAGCAAAACGGUUGAAAAGAACAUGAAUAUUUUUUUAGAAUGUAUCAAGGCAAGUAUAAAUGAUGCUGAUCCAGAAACACGCAGAACGGGUCGCGCGCUUUUCAUGCAGUUAGACCAAGAAUACAAGAAGCAAGCCGAUAUGCUUUAUAAAACUUUGGACCCAUCAAGGCAACGAACACUGUCUGGUUUUGUAUCCCAAUCGUCGUCCUCACAAUCAAUUAUUUCUGAAAGAGACGCUUUACCUAUUACACAACGAAAUCCUGCUUAUGCAUUACAUAAAGCAAGUCCCUCAUACUAUGCGGGACGUUCGACGUCUGAUAUAGAUCCUGGUGCAGUAAGACGUGUCACAAAUCGUACUGUACGAACAGCUUCUAAGUGGGGUGGACCACUUCAGCAAGUAAAUGGCACACCUUCGACAACUCAAAUGAGGACAAAUGCUGCCCAGCGUUUAUCAUCAGCAUCGCAGAAGUUCGUUUCAUCGUUACGGCGUGUACCACCGACACCAACAAAUUAUGUUAGAUCUCAGCCAGGUAGUCGAAGUACUUCACCAGCUUCUCGUUUCCCGACUCGCGUUCCUCCUCGAUCACAAAUGAGUAGCCGGACGAAAAUCCAGAUAGACGAGUCAGAAGAUCAUGCUUCUGUUAGCAGUGAUUCAUUUAGGUUUGAGACGAUGGAGCUAGCAACUGCACUUUCUUGCUGUGGUUCAUCCUCUACUACAGAGAAGAAAGAAGGCUUAAAAGCACUGUUCACUAUUAUUUCAAGUGACAAACAAAUUAAUACGAUGGAUUUGAAGAAAAUCGUUGAACGUUUGAAUCCAUUGAUUGGCGAAGGUGCGCAUAAGCUUUUGCAACCUCUUGCCGAUACAGUGGUAGCUUUGGUACGUCGUUAUCAUGAGGAACUUAACGACUGGUUGAAUUUGUUGAUACCAAAACUGGUAGCCAAAUGUUCUACGGAUGUUCUACCCAGUAAUCUGGAAAAAUAUCGAGUUAUGACGGAAGCUGUGCGGACGAGUUUUGAUCCAGAGAAGCAAUUGUAUGCUGUUUGCAAAUUUAUACGUGACCCGGUGCGAAAUAACGUUAAUGUCAAGAUAAAACAUGGAUUGCUGGUGUACUUGCAUGAUUUAAUGCGUGGCAUGGAUUCAGCGCCAUCGAUGAACCAAAGUGAAGUUCGACAAGCAGUUAGUAAAAUAUUCCAAUGGGUAGACGACCCAAAAAAUAUUUGUUUGAUAUCGAUCAGCGAAAAGGUCGUGUGUGACAUGUUCCAUCUAAAUGCUAGUGACUUCACUUCAAUGCUUGCUACUUUUCCAAAUGACCUGAAAGAUCGACUGCAAACUAUUGUUCGUAGAAACAGCUUUUGCCUAUCAACCAGCAAUGGAAUUAAUUCAAACGAAGCACGUGCGGGUAUAUUAGAAACAACAGCGCAGAUUAAUGAUUUUGUUGAUCGACGAGCAGGCUUACCUAUGUCAUCUCCUCGUGCAUCACCUCAACUGGUAAAUGGUUCAGCUCGCAGCUCAUAUGAUGGCGUUUCAUUACGACGCGCAAGCCGCGAAGACCAGAGUGGAUCGUUAUCUGGUUACAUCUUGGAUCCGCAAGGUUUCGCGAAUGAUCCAGAACAGCAGGAAGAAUUGAUAACCAAGAUAGGAGAGGAACUUUCACUUCAUAACCAAAGUUAUGCACAAGCUUCUCGUUUCAAUGAUUUUGCGGAAAUGGCGUUAAUGCGUGUUCUCGAUGCUUGUACGGAUGAAUCGAAACUUGUAGUAACUGCGGCAGAAGAAUGUGGCGGCGUGUUAGCUACACAUGUUUCAUCAGCAACAUGUCGACGAGUACUCCUUGCUAUUAUUAAAUCGGAUGUUGGCGAGCCAAAAAUUCAUAUUGCUAUCAAGUUAUUGACAAAAGUGAUUGAAUCACUUAGUGCCGCUGAGUUAGAGUUAAUCCUGGAUGAAGUAGCACCACCAAUUGUUGACACGUAUAAUUAUGUGAGUAGUUCAAUUCGUAAAGAAAGCGUUGUAUGCUUGGUGGCAAUGAUUAUGCUUGUAGGAGAAGAACAAAUGGCACCAUAUUUAUCAGAACUUAAUAAGGGAAAACAGAAAUUGAUAGAAGUUUAUGUGAAGCGGAUGAAAGGAAUAUUCGAAUAA